UCGGAGCACGACGGACACGGGCGCCUUCGACGACGACGAACCAAAGCAUGCUGCUGCGAACGACGAAGAAGCACCAACAUAAGAGCGCAACAUAGUCCCUUGGCCUGCUGCUAUGCUGCGAGGGGUUUAAGAGAAGAUAAUCGCGCGGAGAGUGAGAGAAGAACGCCACCAAACAAGCUAGCUAGCUGGCUAGAAGGACGCAUCCGUGGAUGAGCGGCGGUAUUCGGGACCAUAGAGUUCGAUGCUAUGUGUUACGCUUUCUUGUAUAUAGUUGGGCGCUGACGUCCCAACAGAGCUCAGUCACCAGUGAUACGUUGGGUGCGGUGGUAGCCUUCGGAGCUCACCAGGGGAUUUACAGUGGCUCCCACAAGUUUUUUUUAAUGUGAGACAAAGUGACAAAAAAAGUAAAACUAGUGAAGAUACGAAGAAACUAAACCAACAAAGCUACUGAAUCAUUAUGAAAUUGAUCGAAGCAAACAAAUUCAAGUGCAGUGUAACUAACUAAGUGCAAGUGCAAAAACAUAGAUGGCCAUGAGAAUGCUGUACCGUGGGCCAAGUUCGCGACUGGAAACAUUGAUCGAAAAAAUUCAGCAAGGCAGCAAGGACUACUACUACAACCAUCCACUGGCGAUGAUGAGCCAAGAACUCUACUCGUCGCACACGUCGUCCAGCUUUUCGCCGUCGAUAUCGGAUGGCAUGACGACGCCGAACUCGAUAACCAACGACGGCGACCAUCAUCAUCAACCCGGAUCGGCCAACGGAGGCACAGCAGAUUCCGAGCAGGCACCGGCUGGACAGGACAAACGUGGUGGCCAUCAGCACCGACGGCACCAUCACCACCACCAUCGGUCCUCCGCCGACAAUAAUAAUAAAAUAAUUAAAAAUAACAAUCACACAAACAGCCACAGCAAGAAUAAUGACGGCACUUAUCGGUGUCAGUUUUGUGAUAAAACGUUUCCCCGGCUCGGCUACCUGAAGAAGCACGAACAGAGCCAUACCGAACAUAUGCCAUUCAAGUGUGAAUACUGCGCUCGUUUGUUCAAACACAAGAGGUCACGGGAUCGUCAUACCAAGCUGCAUACGGGAGAUCGGCGAUACCGGUGCCCUCACUGCGAGGCGGCAUUCUCCAGAAGUGAUCACCUGAAGAUCCACAUGAAGACGCACGACAACCAGAAACCUUUCCAGUGUACGAUCUGUAAUCGGGGCUACAAUACGGCGGCGGCCCUGACCAGUCACAUGCAGAACCAUAAGAAGCAGAUUGCGCUGACCGGGAGUCCAAACCUGACGUACAGUCCUCGGUCAACCAGUUCGCUGUCGAGCAGUGCGUCGAAUCCCAAGCGGAAAUUUUCGCCGUACGAACAGAACCUGAUGAUGAUCAAUCGCUCCAAGUUGCUCAAAUCUGGUGAACUCACUUGCAUCUACUGCACGCGAACAGAUUUCGCAAACCUGGAGCAGCUGGGAGCUCACGUACAAACCAUGCACAGUAAUCUACUGCUGAACGAGAACAAUUUCCAUCGAAUGCCGACCUCGCCGGAUGCCCUCCUUUCGUAUCCGCCAAUAUCCUGCGAGUUUUGCACCAUGAAGUUCCCCACUGUUCCGAUGAUGUUCAACCAUCUCAAGACAACCCAUCUGGACCGGAUCAACAGCCCAAAGAGCUAUCUGGAACAGUUCAACAAGAACCUCAUGAACACGUACACCUCGUUCUACGGAUCGUCAGCCUUCCUCGAAGACAAACACGAGCCGAACGCGGAGGUUAAAAAUGAACGUCCCAGCAGUGAGAAAAGCAUCCGGGAUGAAAACGGCAACGAAGAGACGACCGCAGCUUCACCACCACCAAUAGAACCCAAGGUCAUCAAACAGGAAAAAAAGGAUGAAAACGACAACUCCCAGGACGCUGCCGAUCACCAGGAACAGCUCGCUCCAACCGACCUGAGUCAACCGCGCAUGAAGCGACUCAAGCUGGAGCACGAGAACCAUUCGACCUCGUCCUCCUCAAGUCGAGAUAUAACCCGCGAAGCGGAAAAAGACACCACCCCAGUGUCGAACCUAUCAACCGCUCCGGGCGCAUAUCUCUGCAACCAGUGCAACGCCGCCCUGCCCGAUUUCGAGUCCUUCCGAACCCAUCUGAAAGCUCACCUCGAGCAGGGCUCAACGGCGUCCUCGUUCGUGUGUCAACAGUGCGGCGCCACCCUGGCCGACCAGCAGGAACACGAAAAGCACGUCACCGGGCACUACCUGGUGGCCGGAGCGGAGUACCAGUGCGAACCCACCUGCAGCAAGUCGUUCGCCAAGGCCGAAGAACUGCACAAACAUCUGUACGACUCGCACACCCAGGUCCUGUACAAGUGCGUGCUGUGCGGCGAAACCUUCGACACCAAGGUCACCAUCCAGGUCCACUUUGCCGUGGCCCACUCGAACGAGGUCAAGCUGUACCGGUGUUCUGCUUGCGCCGAGGUGUUCCGCGCCGAACGGGACUUUAGACAUCACAUCCGGACGCGUCACAUCACUUCCGGUGCGGUUCAGUGCGUCUUCUGCCGCGUCGUGUGCACUUCCGAGCUGGAAAUGCAGUUCCAUCUGGCAGCCCACGCUCGCAAGUUCAAAUGUCCCGCCUGCCCGGAAUCGUUCCACGUCGAGUUCCUGCUGGACCGUCACAUGCAAACCCACCACAGCCAGAAGGAAAUCUCGAACGCGGCUGCCGCGGGAGCUUCAAGCACCACGGUCAACAACCAACCCACAAACAGCACCAACCUGGACUAUCUCCAGCUGCACGGACAAAUGGCCGCGGCAGCAGCGGCCGCCAACUGGCAAAAUCUGUACGCCGCCAACAAGUUCUACAACCCGCUGCACGUGGACACGCUCAACCCGAUCAAACAUCCCAACUUCCUGCACGGCUUCUACGACAGCCUCAACAAGUCCCACGCCCAGCGCUACCUGGACCAGUCCAAGAAGGGCUUCGUCAGUCCCAACAACAACAACAACAACAACUCCCAACAGUCCAAAGCGGCUCUUUUGAACCUGUACAACCAGCAGCGUUCGGCGGCCAUGAACGGUCUCUACUCGCCGGAUCACAAUCCCGCAUCCCAAUCGGGCCAAACCGCCGCCAACGCUGCCCCCGCGACGACCAACAAAUCUCCCCAGAUCUACUCACCAACGGCUUUGCUGCACCGCUACGGACUCAACUCGUCCGGUUCCGGCAGUGGUUCGACAGCCAACAGCAACAACGGAAGCGCUUCCGCCGUUGCAGCACCGGAAAAGGCGACUUCCUCCAACACCAAGAACAACACCGUAAACUACUACAGCUGUGGAAUCUGCGAGCGAACGGACUUUAGCACCGAGAACGAGGUCCAGACGCACCGUAAGAUCGUGCACAACCUCAAGACUGGGGUGAGUCUGCGGUGUGCUUACUGCAGCGGGGACUUCCGGUCAAGAAACGAGCUGGAGAACCACAUGAAAAUCGCUCACAACACCGGCGGCAAGCACAAGUGUCUGAUCUGCGACGAAAUCUUCCCGUCGCCAGCGGUCCUGGCGGAACACAAGCUGACCCACUGCAAGGUGGGCGCCUCCGGCCGAUGCUCGCACUGUCCAACGACUCUGCCCGAUGUGCACAGCUUCAAGGCCCACCUCUCCCAGCACAUUCAACCGGCGUCGGCGACUUCCUCGACGUCGUCAACGGGGAAGAACGAAUCCAACGGAACGAGUUCCGGUCAAGAGCAGGAACGCUUUCCGAUCCAGUGCAUCUGCUGUCGCCAGACGCUCAACUCUGAGUUUGAGAUUAGCUUGCAUGCAAAAUUCCACACCAAGUCCAGCGAAACCAACGAGAAAACGUGCGCCCUCUGUCUGGAACCGCUGGCCAACGGCCAGGACGCCAAGAUCUGCGAAAGCUGCCUCAAGCGGCACAACUUUCCCUCGAAGCUGCUCUCAAUCAACAACUUCAUCAAGUCAUCGUCGAGCUCCACCGCGGAAGACCCCACCAGCCACCAUCACCAACACCAUCCGCCUCCUACUCUAAGUCAAUCCCCCGCCCAGUGCAACCUGUGCAAGAAGCACCUCUACGACGGACAAAAACUCCAGGAACACCUGAUCGAUCACACGUUCGCCGGCUGUGAAGAUCGCGGCUUCGUGUGCUAUCUCUGCUCAUCGGUCUUCACCUCGUCCGGAGGACUGCAGACGCACAUGGACCAACAUGGUCCGCAGGCCAAGCCGUACGAUUGUAACCACUGUGACGAAGCGUUCUUCUUCCGGGCCGAGCUGGAGCAUCACCUGAUUGACCACGAGCUGGGCAAGGUACAUCUGCCGGCAGCGUUCGUCCAGGAGGAACACGCGCGGACGAGCCCGCCGGAGAUUAAGCCGGAAAUUGUCGAGGCGAUCGUGGAGAAAACUACUCCAGCUGACGCCGAUCCGGAAAGUGGUUCCGAACAGGAAGGGGGAAUCGUCGCUGGGGAGGAACCGGAAGUGACGGAACGGGAAGAGGGGGAAGAGGAUGACGAAGAGGUGGCGGAUGAUGAUGACGAGUACAUUGAGGUGGAGCACAACGUGGAGGAGAGUGCAAAGGAGGAUCGUAAAUCGAUCGAGUGCUCGCAGUAAAUGCUUCGUGUAGAUAAAUUAUGUAGAAAAUUAAGCGUAACGAUAUUACUAUUACAAUUGAUAAAGUUUGAAAAGAACAAUUAGAUACACAACGCAAAACAUUCCACGCACCGUAGAACAUGUGCGCAUAUCAGAAGAGGAAAGGGCUUUUUUAUUAGUUUUAACAUUAUUGAUGAUAGAGGCAUUCAUUGUUAAGUUGGUAAUUUAUUUUUGUUUUGCUAAGAAAUACUCAAACUAUUGAUGAUAGCGACCAGACCCAGUGAGUGCAGCUGGCUCGUGGCUGCUUGGUGUGUUUAUAAUUAUUGUUAAUUUGCAUUUUUGUAGUUAAUGCUCAUGUAGAAGGUGACAGCGCGCUUUCUUCGAAAGAGUCUAUCCGAGGUAGUAUCUUGAAUAUUUAUAAAAUAUAUCACCAAAUCAAGCAAGUACCAAUAAAGUAUCCUAGACAUA